GCAAUUUUUACUAUGGACAUGGAGGAAAUGGCUACGGAUGUGGUUAUGGAGGUGCAUCGUCCUCUGGCUCUGGUAGCUACCAAUACCAGAAUCAGUCAUGGAACAAUUACUACAAAAAUAGUUACGACUCAUGUGGCGCGAAUUGGGCUACUGGAGGUGCGGACGCAGGUGACUGGACAACUGACAAAUGUCACUAUGAGCAGUACGACUUCUAUAACCACAAGAACUGCAGCUGGCCAAAUGCAGGCGGGACUGCCUCCGGAGCAGAGGCCGAGAACAAGGACAGCAGCAAUGAAAAGGAUGUGUCGGCGUCUGGUGAAGCGAAGGAUCAUGAGCAUAAAAGUACUAAGUCUAAGGAGGAAGAUAAGACACAAAAGCAAGGCUUGACUGGAGAUGAACACGAAGCACCACAAGAAGAAACUACUGGCGUCGCCGCUACAGCUACCAAGACUGUCAGCGAAGACGUUGACACACAAGCGGAGGAAACCCAGCAUACGGCAGAACGUCUCCUUGUACCUAAACAGCAUGAUCAAAGUCCUACAACAGAGCAAGAUCAUGAGUGUGCUGAAGAUACUCAUGACGCGUUUUCGAGUAUGAAGACCCCUAGGCCUCGUCCAGUCGAAGAUGAUGCGACAGCGACGCCAGGCUCUUCUUUAGCCGGUCACUCUCCACCGGAGGAUUCGGGAUGCACUCCGCUAAGUGCCCAGCAGCUUCAUCUAGAUACUUCUGCUGCAAUGGCGUCAACGGGUAAGAAUUUGUUGAUGGAAGAUGGUGAAGGCAACCAUGUUGAUGAGCAUGAUGUCGAGGAGGAAAAGCAGGACGAGAUGAAAGACGAGAAAGCACGGAACGGAACCCAAUACUCCAAAGUAGAAGAGGAGCCGAUAGAGGAUGUUUGUUUCGCAGCUCCUGAUCUUGAGGAUCAUGCUGAUAAAGACAUGCACUUUGCUGCAAAAGAUGACGAUGGUCAAGAGCAAUCCCAGACUUCAUUCCAACCUCAUCUUGGAG